GAAUCUCGCUCUGUCACCCAGGCUGGAGUGCAGUGGCGCGAUCUCGACUCACUGCAAGCUCCGCCUCCCGGGUUCACGCCAUUCUCCUGCCUCAGCCUCCUGAGUAGCUGGGACUACAGGCGCCUGCCACCACGGCCACCACGCCCGGCUAAUUUGCUGUAUUUUUUUAGUACAGAUGGGGUUUCACCGUGUUAGCCAGGAUGGUCUCGAUCUCCUGACCUCGUGAUCCGCCUGCCUUGGCCUCCCAAAGUGCUGGGAUUACAGGCGUCAGCCACCGCGCCCGGCCCCCAACUGCCCUUCUUAGGUGGCCAGCUCACUCUGGGUAUCCUGUAGGUCUGGGUAAAUCGACUCUACGGGAAGGUAAGAGGGUAUCUUCUACUUGGGUUCCGGAGGGCAGUGGAAUUGCCUGUAAAGCAGGAGGAAGGGAUAGAAGAUGGGACAAAGAUGAAAGGAGGAGUGUGGUUUGGCCCCUGGGGGACAAAUCUGGAUUUUCUAGAGACUAGGAGAGGCGGUGGGGCUUGCAGUUUCUGUCAGUGAUGGAGAUCUCUGGGGACUUGCACAUGGCUCUGUGGGUACCGGUGGGCAGACAAACACUUGGUGCAGAGGACACUGAAGCACCACCCAGGGUCCUGCUGGGCAGUCAGGCCCAGAGAGGGCAGACCCUGGGGAGCUGCUGGUCUUUAGGAUACCCUGCGGGUCCGAGCAAGACAUCCUAAUGACAGUCACCAAUGGGCUGCUGCCCAGGGCCUCUUCUGCCGCUGUCCUGACCUAGAAUCCUACAACCUUUCAAGGAAGGAGAACGGGAGCCACCACACACACACAGAGGUCGGCUUUCCUCUAGGGAUCCUGGGAACCAGAUUGGCUUUCAUUUACAAACCGCAGAACAGUUACAGAAGCAAAAGAAGGUAGUUAUGACUGGAUCUGAGGACAUCUUGCCUGAAUUGAAUUUCCAGCUCUGUCACUUGCUAAUAGAAGCCCCUCACAGGGUCUCCGCUGGGCACACUAAAUGAGUGAUACAUGGAAACUCUUCAGAGAGCACCUGGCAUGUGUAUGUUAUCUAUCACCUCUUGAACCUCGAUAUCUUGGAGAUGUCGUAGCGGCCACACUACAUCCUCUGCAGUUUGCGAUGGCUGACGUUUGACCCUUUGCCUAAGUCCUCAUAUCGAAGGCUAGAUUAAGGGGAGGGAGGGCAGGAACAUACUCUAAAUAGAAGUGCUCCCCCGGGGACUGGGCGGCCCAGCCUGCUCCAGCAGCCGGGAAGGUCUUCCUGCCACAAUGACGGCAGCGAGUGGCGUCCGGCCUCGGAGGGACUGAGGGCACUUCUCUGGUAUAAGCACUGGCGUCCAACGCCAGGCGCAGCAAAAUCGCUGCAAACUCUGAGUCCAGAGAGGUCCAGGUCCUCCUGGGUUUCUUUUUAUUUUAAUUUUUUUGCCAGGGAGAGUUCUGGCGCUCCUUCAAUCCGGGGGAGCCUGCGAGUCUGAGCUAGGAGAUGGGCGUGGGCAGGCGUGGGUAGCACCAUCGAGGCCCUGGCCACCUGCCGGGUGCUGGGUAGUCUGGAAGAGUCUAGAGCCCGGUCUCCGCCUCCCGGCGCCCCACCCUGGACCCCUCCUCCACGCGGGUCCCGCCCCACGGUGGGCGUGGCUUCCAGGGGACGGGGCCGGGGAGGGUCUGCGAACGAGUAACGUCCCGCAGGCGAGGCAAGGCGGGGCGGAGCGCGGGAGGCCGGUUGGGAGGCGCACAUCCGGCGGUUACCGGGUACUUCAUAAAGCCGCUCUCGCCGCUGGCUGUCGCGGCGUUUUGCCUCCGCAGCAGCUCUGGGCUCUUCUCAGCUGCGGGAGCAGCUGCUCCAAUGCCCCAGAGUGGCCAUGGGCGCCCCGCACUGGUGGGACCAGCUGCAGGCUGGCAGCUCGGAGGUGGACUGGUGCGAGGACAACUACACCAUCGUGCCUGCUAUCGCCGAGUUCUACAACACGAUCAGCAAUGUCUUAUUUUUCAUUUUACCGCCCAUCUGCAUGUGCUUGUUUCGUCAGUAUGCAACAUGCUUCAAUAGCGGCAUCUACUUAAUCUGGACUCUUUUGGUUGUAGUGGGAAUUGGAUCCGUCUACUUCCAUGCAACCCUUAGUUUCCUGGGUCAGAUGCUUGAUGAACUUGCAGUCCUUUGGGUUCUGAUGUGUGCUUUGGCCAUGUGGUUCCCCAGAAGGUAUCUACCAAAGAUCUUUCGGAAUGACCGGGGUAGGUUCAAGGUGGUGGUCUGUGUCCUGUCUGCGGUUACGACGUGCCUGGCAUUUGUCAAGCCUGCCAUCAACAACAUCUCUCUGAUGACCCUGGGACUUCCUUGCACUGCACUGCUCAUCGCAGAGCUAAAGAGGUGUGACAACAUGCGUGUGUUUAAGCUGGGCCUCUUCUCGGGCCUCUGGUGGACCCUGGCCCUGUUCUGCUGGAUCAGUGACCGAGCUUUCUGCGAGUUGCUGUCAUCCUUCAACUUCCCCUACCUGCACUGCAUGUGCAGGAAUAUUUUAGAACAUUCUAAAAUGGGUCCCAAAUUGCUGAAGAUUUAUCAUCCUGCUAUUCCAGGGAUUGUUGGUAAUCUUCAUCCUUUCCUAAUUAGAAGAGGCCCCUGGGCUGCAACUACAGUCAGCAAGGUGCGUGGGUUAGACUGGAAGAAGGAGCAGGCUAAACUCAGGGCAGCGGAGUCUUCAUGCUCAUCAGGUUCUCACCUCUUGUCUCCCUCUGCAGGCACAUCCUCAUCUGUCUUGCUGCCUACCUGGGCUGUGUAUGCUUUGCCUACUUUGAUGCUGCCUCAGAGAUUCCUGAGCAAGGCCCUGUCAUCAAGUUCUGGCCCAGCGAGAAAUGGGCCUUCAUUGGUGUCCCCUAUGUGUCCCUCCUGUGUGCCAACAGGAAAUCGUCAGUCAAGAUCACGUGAUGGCAAGAUGGUGGCUGGCUUCUCUGCUUAUCGCCCCUCAUGCACUGGGCUUCCUUUGCUAGGAAGACAGCCAAGGGAGUUCGAAUAGUUGGGGUGUGGGCUAUCUUUUCAAAAAUCUAUUUGCUGGGGCUCUUAAUUUCUUUAGUGUUCUUUGUUUGUAGGGAUUUAAACUUUGUCAUAUGGUACAAAUAUUCCCUGCCCCCCUGCAGUUUCCCAUUUGUCUUUCAGUAUGUUAAUAUUUUUGUGCCGUACUGGUUUUAAACUUUCAUGUUGUCACAUCUGUUAAUCUUUUCUUUAGGAUUUCUAGAUUUUCUGUAAUUUUUAAAAAGAUCCCCUCCUCCUCACUAAUGUGUCUGUGGACCACCUGGAUUCCAUUGUGCAAGGGGAAAAGUGUCUAUUCCUUUCCCAAAGACGGAAAAUGGAGGGCUUAGGGACACUAGAUGCAUUUUUCUCAGCAUCACUUCCAGAUGCAGUGACUUGUUGGGCUGCAUCCUUAAUGGCCAUGGCAGAGCAGUCCCUUGGGGGAUCCAGCCCUGUACAAUGCAUCUCUUCCUGGAGAAAGCUGGACUUCUCCAGACCCCACCAUUCCCAGGCGCCCUUGGAGUGGACUCUACUGAUGACAGACAGACCCUCUGACAGACAAGACCCUCUGACUCUGUGAUGGAAGAUGCCAGAGAUUUUCCUUUGGGAUAAUUGUCCUUAAAGAAAACCAAACAGAUGAAACACACACAGGACUUGUGGCUAAAAAGGCUAGUUUUUCACUUGCAUUUCUCAACUAACCCAGGUUUUACAUGCAUCUGUGAAUCCUUUUACUACUACCUCUGUGGAGAGGGGGAGAGACUUCAGAUAAACGUGAAGCUAAUGAGUAAAACCCUCUCUGCCAAAACCUACACUCCACUUUAGGCCAUUCUUGAAGAUGAGCACAGUUUUUAAAUACUGAUGUCACUUCCGCUUCCCCCUCCCACCCCAGCUCAGCAGCCUCAAAUCCACAGAGAAGAAUAAUUAUGGCAUGAACCUUCCCACAGACCCACCAUCUUUAAGACUUGACCUCCGUAAGUUUACCAAAGGGCUCGUCACAAUUGUGGUGGGGGUUCUGGUUCAAAAUUUGGAGCAAACAUGAAGUUUUUGGAAACUUUUUCUCAUUUGAAGCCUCCAGUAUGCUGUACUAUUCUGGAAAUUACCUUCAAGAGUCUCACUUCUUGUUUCUGUUGUGUUUUCUGUGGGCAUCAUGCUCUUCACUCUUGCAGUAGAAGGUGCUUUCUGGGUUUCCCAGAGUAUCCAAUGGCUCACUUUUCUCAAGUGCUGGCAGUAACUAUGCACUCACGGGCUGGUUUGGGUUGCUGGUGCAGCAGCGCAAAUCUGUUGCCUUCUGAAUUUUUCUCACCUAAUGUGACACUGGCUACAAUGAAUCUUCUCUUCAUCAGGCUGAAUGAAAGAUUCAAGAACCGUUUUCAAGGUGCAUGGUGGGAAUUAUCAACCUCAGGGAUACUCAUUUUAACUCAGGCGUGUCCUGCUUUGUAACAUUCCAUUGUUGGGAGAGGGCAGGACAGGUGUGUUCUUGUGUGGGCAGGAGUCAUGUCACUGUCCUACAUAUGUAAGAGUUGGGAAGGUGACGAUUUUUGACACAUCCAGGAACUCUUACUCUAGUUAGAAUUUGUACAAGAUCCAAGGUGAAAACCCCAAUAAGCAACUGAAUUUAGAGUUUAAAAAUGAAUGACUUUAUGCUACAUCUGUGGUUAUCAAAUUAUAUAGGUUGUUCAGGAGCAGAACCCUGUUUGUAGUAAGAAAUCUUUGUGGAACCCCAGUGUGUGAAGUAAAUUGUAUUUUAUUAACUUAAAUUUAUUUAAGGUUAAAUUUAUGGCAUUUACUUAAUAAUAUAUAAGGUGGUAAAAAUGCAAAUUAACAAAUUAGUAAUUUCCAAGGUAGAAAAAUUAGGUGUUGAAUGAAUGUAUAUUUUGCUUUAUUAUUGUUUUAUAUAUAUAUAGAGAGAGUGUUUUGUUUUUGAGUCAGGGUCUUGCUCUAUUACCCAGGCUGGAGUGCAGUGGUGCAAUCAUGACUCACUGUAGCCUCUGUCUCCCAGGCUCAAGCGAUCCUCCCACCUCAGCCUCCCCAGGAACUGGGACUACUGGUGCGUGCCUCCACUCCCAACUAAUUUUUGUAUUUUUUCAUAGAGAUGGGGUUUCACCAUUUUGCCCAGGCUGGUCUCAAACUUCUGGGCUCAAGAGAUCUGCCUGCCUCGGCCUCCCAAAGUGCUGGGAAUAGGCAUGAGCCAUCACGCCUGGCCUAAAAAAUAUUUUUAAAAUGAUCUUUGAGUUAAAUAUUCAUAGAACUUCUAAUGUACCUCUUUGAGACCUAGGUGUUGAUGGAACAGAACUGCUGUUAAGUCCUUUGGGUUUCAAGUCUAGAAUUUUUUAAAGGCAAAUAUCAGCUCAUUCUUAUUUUAGAUUGACCUUAUCAGGCAUGGAUUCUGGUCUCAUCUACUUUAUGGUAUAAAUGCUCCAAGGUAAGGGGUUUGGUGUAUAUUUUAAGCCCAGCUUUUUUUUUUUUUUUUUAUGUGAGAAGCAGAAUGUGCUUCUAGAAACUGGUUUUAAAGAGAUGAGCUGAGAAAGAAAUGUGGAAUGGAGUAUAUUUGAGGAGGACAAAACAUAACUUCACUUUUGAACAGAAAUCACUCUAGCUUGCCAGCAUGGGAUGUAAACCAAGAGAGUAGAAAUAUACCCGUCUUAUUUUAAGUUGGGUUUAUGGCAUCACUCGUUUAUGUAAAAGCACUACAAACUCUUUAAAGAAAAUUGGGGAACUACAGAAAAGUCAAAGAAAAAAAAAAGUAACCUAUAUUUCUAUUGCCCAGGUAUAAUCCUUGUUAAUAUUUUGGUUUAGUCUCCUCUUUUUUCCCCCAAUAUAGUUGUAAAUAAAUGAUGUCUUUCAGAGUUGACAUUUAUCCUGUAGCUUGAAUGGCAUAUAAAUGCCAGUUGUAUAUUUUUUCAUGAAGUGUGGGUUUGGAAUACACUAGAGUUAGCUAUAUGCUUGAAUGCUGAUCACUGGAUUCUGAGACUGACUACUGAGUCUACCUUUUUAAUCAAGCCUGACAUGAAUGGGCUCCAAAAAGUAAUGAAUGUAAUUCUACUUUUUGAUGUGCCUCUGCACUUGGCUUGGUGAGUCAUCAUAAAUAGCUGUUAAAUAUGUGACUUUACAGAUUUUGAUAUGUUCAGAUUGUAAAAAAUGAAUAGUUUAUUUCAUUAAUUGAUGGCAGUCAAGAAUCUCCCUCCCUUCAGUAGGGCUGACACUUAGGAGUUAGGUCAUGGUUGUGGUUACUUGGCAUGGCUAAUCAGAUUUUGUUCUGGUCAGAAUUUGCCCAAGAUCAACACCCAGCAGAAACUGGAGUUAGGCUAUAAAAAACCAUUCGUGUUUCCGAGUGAUCAUUUCAGUCAGUGAUUCAUGUUUUACAGUUGUUUAGUUGUUGAUUAUUAGAAAAAGUAAUAUUUUCUUCCCUUUAUGAUUACAUCAUUAUAAAUGAAGUCCUUCCGUGAACACAUUUAAGGUGUGUGGAGAUGAGAUAUCUGAAUCCAUUUGGGGACAGGCUGCAUUUUUGGGGAACUCUAUGCCUGUCCAGUGAAGAGUGCCUAAAACAUUAAUUAUAGAUCAAAGAUGUUCUGUUGAGGGACAAAGCUUGAUGGUCAUCAAACACAAGGCUUUGUAAAAAUACGACCACUUAUUCCACUUACUGGAUCUCUCAGGUGUGUAAAACUUCUCUCGCCAGUUCAUCAUGCUUCCAUGAGCCCUCAGGACUGGGAUUUGAGCCUUCCUGGCUCUUUAUCCCUUGGGGUGGACAUGGAACCAUCUCUGAGGGACCAGGUGGAUGCUGAAGCUCACCCGGUCAGGGCCCCUCUCCUAGCUCCUUUUACACUGAAAUUAAUCUGAAAGCUUUCAUAGCCAAGGCUUUUCCUAGGUGCUAUUAUUCCAGCUGGCCAAAGAGAAGUCUUGGGCCAGAUUGGGAUUCUCAAUUGAUUUUAUAGACAUAAUUCCUCUGCAAACUUAAAAAAAAAAAAUGACCCCUACUUUAUAGGACUAAUUGUUUGAAUUGUAUCUUUCUCUGUAUGUUAAACCAGAUUUAAAACUAUUUUAUAACCACAAUAUGUAACAGAGCAAUAUAGUAUUUUCAGAUAUACACCUUGUUUUAUACCUUAUGUAGGUGUCCUACAUAAGGGUGGCAUGCCCUCUGGCUGUGGUAAAAUUUAAUCCUCAUUGCUUUGGGAGUGACUUAAGGCCUUUUGAAAUGGAGCUUUUGCACUUUAUACUUUUUCUGUGAACUAUGAUAACUAUAUUUGAUAUUAAAGCUGUAAGUGGCAUUUUCAGUAAAUGAAUAUGUACGUGUUUGUGUCUGUUUCCAAAAUGAUUUCUGAACUAACUGCAGUGAAAAUGUAUCUGAUGGAUUGUAGAGCAAAACACAUUGCCUAAAUUCAUUUGUUAAUGAAUUGGGUACCAUUGUUAUUAAAAAUGCA